AUGGACCCCGAUACGGAUGAUCAGCAAGAGGCCGGGAAGUGGACCUCGAAGCAGGGCUUCCGGUUUGCUGCCUUCCAGAAAGAGUCGUUCCGGAAUCCUUCAGCCCGUUUAGGGAUUCUAAUCGCGCCACCGAAUUGGUGGGAAUGGUGGGAACUGGGUAUAGUCGUAUCGGUGGAUGUGCUGGUCGAGAAAGGCCUCGUGAAGAUCUUGUUUAGCGUCAACUGCUAG